AUGAGAAAUGCCUUGAGAGCCAAGAACAAGUAUUGCUUUGUUGAUGGUUCACUGCCAAAACCAGAUGCAAGGUCACCGCAAGAAUCACUUUGGAUCAAAUGCAAUUCAAUGGUGACUUUGGCAUGUGAACUCCAUGAUAGUGUUGUCUACGCAGACACAACCAGUGAAAUAUGGAAAGAUCUUGAAGAGAGGUUCUUGCAGAAGAAUGCACCAAUAACCUACCAACUCAAAAAGAACCUUACAACAUCGCAGCAAGGAAAUCUUUCGGUAGUAGCCUACUUCACCAAAUUGAAAGCCCUAUGGAACGAGCUCCAACCACUGAUUCAUGUACCCGAGUGCACUUGUAGAGUGGCUAAACAAUUUGUGACCAUGCGAGAAGACAAGAAACUGCAUCAGUUUCUCAUGAGAUUUGGUGAUGUCUUCAACAAUGUUAGAUCCGAUAUUCUUAGAUUGGAUCCUUUUUCAAACAUCAAUAGGGCAUACGCUCUAACAGUCCAGGAAGAGAAACACCUUGCCAUUGUCAAUACACCGAUCAAUGUAGAUCUUUAUGUCAGAGCAGCACUCUUUGCAAAUUUUUCCAAGAACCGUUCGGUGUCUAAUACCCAGACCAAGCCUAAGAUGAAAUGUGAGCACUGCAAGAAACCUGGGCAUACACGAGACUGCUGUUUUGAGCUUCCUAGAUAUCCAUUGAACUGA